ACACAUAAAAGGAAUUUCUUGACGCGCCAUCUAGCGGUGAUGUCGUGCUGCUGCUGGAAAUAUCUUCUCACAUUCUGGUCUAUUAAUACCCAGAAGCAACCGUGUGUCAGGUCACGCUUCGCUCAUGAAAGGACAUGCGGUCGUUUUUAUGAACAGAAAUUAUGAAAAAUUGUGAGCACUGUCUAUCUCAGAUAUCCAGUUUAUUUUGGGAUAAAUGAUUAUAUUAUUGAAGUACAGCCUGAACAACAACAGAGGAAUUUAAAGUUCUCAUUUACACCACUCUGAGACACUACCACACUCCUGUUGGGAUGUCCCGGGACACCUUUGCCUUCACCUCUGCCUCUCUGCGCUCCUUAAGGCUGGAACAAGAGCUUCAGGACUGGGAGGAUGCCAGACGGGCACUGGCACACAGGAGAGCCAUGACCAGGCGUCCGCUGCCUGCUGCCCCAAGACUCCGGCAUGGAAAUGAGAGGAUCCAGACCAUCCGUGCUCCUCCACCUCAAAUACAGUGCAGAGAUCCAGCCAUCCAUAAUAUCUUCAUGUGUGGAGACAUGAAGAGAGUGUACACUGUGCUUAAAGAGCCAGGCAUGGUCAACGCAUUGGUGGAGACAGUUCAUGAAGAGAUGGCGUGGGCCCCGGAGAUGGGAAUGUGGACUCUUAUCUCAAAGGUGAAGCAGACGUCUGCACUGCGUUUGGCUGCCAGCAAGGGGCACUCUGGCUGUGUUGAGGAACUGCUGUUUAGGGGAGCAGAGGUGGAUGCAGACCCAGGAGGGCGAUCAGCUUUACAUGACGCUUGCUCAGGCGGCCAUCACGUCUGCGUGCGCCUGCUCCUGGACCACGGGGCCGACCCAGACGUGCUGUCUGUUGAUGGCAAUGCCCCGUUGCACCUCUGCAAUGCAGUGGAAACAUAUCAGUGUGCUGAGCACUUGGUGACCAGUGGUGCGCUCUUAAAUGUGACCCAGAAGGACACAUGUAUCACCCCCCUUCAUGUGGCCUGCAGAAGAGGGCUGGAAGACCACGUCAAGCUCUACUUGUCUUACGGAGGGGACGUGACGGCUCAGAGCCAAGAAGGUGAAACGCCCCUAAAUGCGGCCUGUGCCGGUGCAGAGAGGCCAGCAGACGCAGGGCGGUACCUGCGUAUUGUCCAGAGGCUGUUGGCGGCUGGGGCAAACGCACAGACUGCAGGAAGAAAGAAGCACACGGCCCUGCAUAACGCCUGUGGAAACUGUUGUCCACGGAUAGUUGAAAUACUGCUAAAACACGGGGCCCAAGCAGAUGUAGCUAACUGUGCUGGAUACACACCUAUGGACUGCCUGCUGCAGGUAAUAGAGGAUUACCCAGACCAGCAGCCAGACCUUGUAGCUCGAUUGCUUCUUAACUAUGGAGCACAGCCUGCGUCAACUAGAAUGCUGAAACUCUGCCUUCUCUCUCCUGACACUAUGGAGGUGAUGCUGAAUUGUUAUGAAGUCGUGCCAGCAUGUGAUGAGUGGUUAGAGGACAUGCCUGAGGAACUACAAAAGGAACAUCAGUGUUUUUUGGACACGGUCAGACGAAUGAGCGGUCAGCCGCGCUCUCUUCAGCACCUGUGCCGCUGUGCGCUCCGCCGCCACCUGGGGUCGCUGUGUCACGUUUCGAUACAACAGCUAAACAUCCCCGGCGUUUUAAAAGAUUAUCUGCUGCUGCAAAAUGAUGGACAACUCCGGUGAAAGAAAUUAGUGGUCGCUGCAGCCCGGAGAACGGAAGGUGGGAGGAGUUAACGCCACAAACUGCAUGUGGGAGGAGCUUAGGCCGCAAGGAGGCUGGAUUUUCACGCGGUGACUAGUCUUGUAUUUUUUAUACAAAAUAUUCAAUAUGUGGAUAUUGAGACUUGUCCAGCAGGGGGCAGUAAGGCAUUGUGUAUGGGGCAUUGUUAAAGGUUGUUAAGAAGCGUAGUGUGUCGCGCCAGUGUAUGCUUUUGUGUGCAUGUCUGAAGCUGUGAUGGGUCCUCAAUAAAGUGACCAUCGAGAAUUAUGGCCUUCUCUGAGUCUUCUUUUUGUUAGUAUCCCAAGAUACUACACCAACUGUGGAUCAUGAACCAAUACUACAACACACGACAUUAAAUAAACCGAUCAAAAUCCUCUGGAGGUUUUUACAGCCCACUUAAGUCCCACCCACUUGCGGUUGCCCCGCCCAUCUGCACCUCGCUCCGAUCUCCGUUUUUACCUAACUCGUUUGAUUCGCUGUUGUUUUUGUCUUUAUUGAUUAUGAGCUGAAAAUAAGAGUUCAUCUUUUUACAGAAAGACCUUUGUCGUUAUUGUAGUAUUAGAUAUUUCAAAUAACCACUGUACACUCAAGUUAUAAAACCAUAACAUGUGCAAGAAUAUUAUGAGUAUUUUAUUCCGCAGGGUGAAAGUAGCCUCUUGUCUCGCUGAAUGGUUUGGCGACCACGUGACCUCCCCCUUUACACUAAGCGUCAGCUGUAAACGUGCGCGUCCCUGUGAGAGUGUACGUGUGUUUAUUUAUCUCUAAUCCUGUGAACUAUUGUGUAUAUCAACUGGUGCUGGGACUGAAACAGCGUCGAACAAGAAUGAUCUGACUGAAGAGAA